CGGCGCCGGCGGAGGAGGAGGGGGAAGAGCGGCUGGCGGCCGCGAGAGCAGCGGCGGCGAGAGGCGAGCCCGCCGGCGCCGAUUCUCAUGGAGAACUGUUAUUGAGGAGAGAUCCAUUUGUUGGGAUGUAAUUUAAAAAGGAAUGAAUCAAGAUAAAACCUCUAAAUGCAAGCAUCAGAAAAAUUACAACACAUCUUGGUGAAUUUGCAAGUUGGAUCGUCUUUCCUUGUGGGUUGGCACGCAGUUGUAGGACUGCAAAAUGGGUCUCCGGAUUCACUUUGUUGUUGACCCGCAUGGUUGGUGCUGCAUGGGUUUGAUUGUCUUUGUCUGGUUAUACAAUAUUGUCUUAAUUCCCAAAAUUGUCCUCUUUCCUCACUAUGAAGAAGGACAUAUUCCAGGCAUAUUAAUAAUAAUAUUCUAUGGCAUUGCCAUAUUUUGUCUGGUUGCUUUAGUGAGGGCCUCAUUUACUGAUCCCGGAAGACUCCCUGAGAACCCUAAGAUUCCACAUGGAGAACGGGAGUUCUGGGAAUUAUGUAACAAAUGUAAUUUGAUGAGACCAAAGCGUUCCCAUCACUGUAGCCGCUGCGGCCACUGUGUUAGGAGAAUGGAUCAUCACUGUCCAUGGAUUAACAAUUGUGUUGGUGAAGAUAAUCAUUGGCUUUUUCUGCAGUUGUGUUUCUACACGGAACUUCUUACUUCCUACGCUCUGAUGUUUUCUUUCUGCCACUAUUAUUACUUUCUUCCAGUAAAAAAGCGUAACUUGGACCUCUUUGUUUUUAGACAUGAAUUGGCCAUAAUGAGACUAGCUGCCUUUAUGGGCAUUACUAUGUUAGUUGGGAUAACGGGACUUUUUUAUACUCAACUAAUUGGCAUCAUCACAGAUACAACAUCUAUCGAAAAGAUGUCUAACUGUUGUGAAGAAAUAUCGAGGCCCCGAAAGCCAUGGCAGCAGACCUUCUCAGAAGUUUUUGGCACUCGUUGGAAGAUCCUGUGGUUUAUUCCUUUCAGGCAGAGGCAACCACUGCGAGUUCCCUACCACUUUGCCAAUCACGUCUAAACAGAUGGAUGGUGGGCACAGAUGGGUCCUCCAUGCUGGAAAUGCGUUACAGGUUUUCUGAUAAUAGAACUAUGACAGUCUUCAAGUCAAUUAAAAUCCACCCACCAAUCUUAGGCAUCAUAAUGUGCCCCAGGCUUUAUUUUAAUAGUGAUCUUGAUCCUGUUGUGGGACUAAUACGAGAUCUAUAUUUAAGUUUUAAAGCAUGUUUACUUUCAAAUUAGCUUUCCACGGGGAUUUCUUUAAAUGCUUUUGUGAUUAGACCCCAAAGGCAGUGAUUGAGAUGAAAUAAUUGUACAUAAUUUUUUUUAGUACUGACAAUGUUACAGAUUUUAAUUCAUGGGAAAUUUCAGAUGUUUAUUUAAAUUGUUCACUCUUAAGCAGUACUAACCAAAUCUGAAUUUCAUUCUUUGGGUUUACAAAAGUUGAUACACCUUAUAUUAUAUGUAAGUUUUCUUUUUCAAAUACAUCAUAAUUUAAAUAGCAAUACUGCCUUUUAUAUGUGCUGCAGGGUUUUUUUUAAUGCAGCAUAAAUUGAACAACAAUGAAAAACCAAAAAAAAAACCAACAGAAAAAGGGCAGUGUUUUCUUAGAAGUAGCUCUCUAAUGUUUUCUGUUUUUCUCUUCACCAAAAACAAAAUAAAAACGCCACUAAAAUAAAA